GGGAAUGCCAGUCUCAUUAUAGAGGGUACAGACAAGCGCUUGGGCCUGAUUUCACCCCGCGACCGAGAACUGGAACAAUUUAAUUUUCUCGACCCAAAACGGUCUCAUUCUCAACUUCAGUGGAGCCGUUGCUCGCCAAAUCAGGAUGGACAGCUUGGAGAAGCAACUUAUUUGUCCCAUUUGUCUGGAGAUGUUCACGAAACCGGUUGUGAUUCUUCCCUGUCAACACAAUCUUUGCCGGAAAUGUGCUAAUGACAUUUUCCAGUCUUCAAAUCCAUACCUUCCCAUCAGAGGAGGCUCAGUGACGUCAGGGGGCCGUUUCAGGUGUCCAUCCUGCAGACAUGAAGUUGUGCUGGACCGCCAUGGGGUUUAUGGCCUGCAGAGAAACCUGUUGGUGGAAAACAUCAUUGACAUGUACAAACAGGAGUACAUCAGCAGCAGACCUUCUCCUGAGAGGAAGGUUGACCAGCCGAUGUGUGAGGUUCAUGAGGAUGAGAAAAUCAACAUAUACUGUCUGACCUGCGGCGUCCCCUCUUGUUCUAUGUGUAAAGUGUUCGGCGCCCAUAAGGACUGUGAAGUGGCCCCUCUUGACAGUAUUUACCAGACGCAAAAGACAGAGCUCUCGGAUGGAAUAGCAAUGAUGGUGGGCAAUAAUGACAGAAUCCAAGGCAUCAUCAGUCAACUGGAGGAGACCUGCAGAACCAUAGAGGAAAAUGGCCGACGACAGAAAUCCAAGGUGUGUGAAAAGUUUGACCAUUUGUACUCAAUUCUUGAGGAAAGGAAGAGAGAGAUGAACCUGAAAGUGAACUCCGAACAGGAAGAAAAGUUGAACUACAUACGUGGCCUCACAAAGAAGUAUGGAGAUUAUCUGGAGUUCAUGACUAAAAUCAUGGAGACAGGAAUACAGACACUGGAAGAACCUGAGAUGGCUGUUUUCUUACAGACUGCUAAACCCCUCCUGCAAAAAAUUGCAAAGGCAUCGAAUACCUCACACCUGGAGAGAGUGGAGCGCGGCUAUGAGAGCAUGGAUCAUUACUCUGUACACUUCAAGAGAGAGGGCAGGGCCCUGCGCAAUAUCGACUUCAUCAGAGACCGAUAACCUUUUCGAGCUUGAGCACAGCGCUUCACGAGCAGUCGGAGGAGAAUCUAUUAGCCACGGGACCCACCGAUGGAAAUCUGCCGUCUGAGUCUCGGGGGGAACACGGCAGUCAAAAGUACAUAGCCUGGGUCUGAGAGGAAAAUGAGACAGGGUCUUCAUGCUGAUGAGGAGGAAAACUCAUGAGAGGAAAUCCCAUCUCUUCUGGCCAGCUAUCCUGGACCACACCGUGCCUCUCUGAGGGUGAGAGGUGAUUCUUCAAAGCUCUCCAAGCUCUUCUGUUCAGUCCUGUCACCGAAAUAAUUACCUGCGCUGAAUGAAAGAAACCCACUGGCACUCCAUACAGAUGCACAUCAGCAGUCAAAGAAAGCUACAUGAUUGUGCAGAAUGGUGCUUGUGUUAUUCCCUUUAUUAUCCAUUAGUUGUGAUGAAAGAGGAUCAUUAGGAAACUGAAACAUAAUCCAAAUUUACAGGUUGUGUUGUUUAAUUGUCAAGGGGUUGUGACAGCAUUGCAUGAGAGCUUUGUGGGAAAUAUGAACAAAUAUUGCAUGAGAUGCUUCAAGAUUUUGUUAUGUAAAUUCCAGGUCUUGUUUUCUCCGUUAGGAUCUUAACUUUUUAUAUGAAUAAACAAGCACUUUAUCCACGUAAAAAAACACUAACUAAAACUGAAACAAUGGUGCCACCAAGUGGAUAACAACUGAAGUGUUCUUAAAUGUUUUCUGGACUGAAGUAAAUCCAUGUGGAGGAAAAGAAGCUUUAAAGUGCAUAGUAAACGUGCAUAGAGCUGCACAAUAUUUGAAAAUAGUCAUAAUGAGAUAUUUUAUCUUUCUGCGAUAAGUAUUGUGAUAUGAAUAUUGUUUCACCUGGUGGUUUGAAUAGCUCUAUUUGACAGCUGGGAAGUCUAAAUGUAUUCAGGUACAAAAAUGUAUAAUCACAAUGCACUAAAAUGCUUUUAUUAUUUUG